AAUGUGGAAGAUGUAAAUUGAAUGUAUUCUGUUUUAUUACAGACUUAUGCAUUGUCUGUGGCUGUAAUUAUCUGCCUUUGUCAGGCUGGGAUUGCUGGUCAGUCUAUUUGCGCUAAAGAUCUUGAACCAGUGCCGGUUAAAGAAGAUUUAAAGGAAGGUUUGAUCUACAAAGAUGGUAAUGUCAUUAUGUGCACUGAUGGAACAUGCGAGAAAAUAUCGCUUGAAAAUAUCAUAAACGCCUAUCCGGACUCGUUUUCCACAGAAGAAGAUGCGGUGAAAACUACAGAAUUGAGGUAUAAUAAGUAUGUUGGAGAGCUCCCGACAGCAUGUAGCUUGACAAAGCAAUAUACGGAUACUCGAUAUAUCAGUCCAACCUGUCCAAGUUUUUCGAGCUACUUUUUCUGGAGUGACCGUGAUAAAUGUUGUCCAACAUGGCGAUAUGUCACAUUUACACGAGGACCACUCACAAACAUCUACAGAAAGCAAUGCUACAUUCUUCAAAUACCGCCUAUGAAAUUGUACCAGUAUAUCUCCGUCGGAAUUUGCGGAUGGCCAAGGAAAUGCAGAACUUGUAGACAGCAAUACACAAUUCAGUCCAUGUUAGCAUGGUGUCCAGGAAACGGAGGGGUAAAGAUGCAUCAUUUCAGAAUUCCGACCUACUGCACUUGCCAAUGAACAGAAGAAGAAGACAAUGAGAGAGAAACUUUCACUUGUUUAGCUCAUCAGAUUCUUUAAACAUUAUUACCACAUCUUUUUUAAAUGUUCUAUUUUUUAUUCAAAUUUCAUACUCAUCAUCAAGUUUAUACUGAUGUUUCGUUGGAUGUGCAGGCUGAUCAUGAUUUACACAAGUCGCAAAGGCAGAAUGCGUUUUAAGGGUUAACUACUUAUCUUCAUGACCUACCUUUAAAUGUAAUUUUACAUGAGAAAGAAAUAUAUGUAUGUGUGUUUUCAUUUUAUUGCGUAUACUUGCAAAAUGUGAUAUUUUCUCAAGCAACAUUUUUGUAUAUGCUUUCGGAUUUUGUUCUUCGACUUAAAUCUUAACAGAAUCACAAAUUAUUGUAAUGGUUACGGAUUCAGCUUAAUGAUGAAUUAUAUCCAAUUAAAUGUAAAACGCCAUUUUGUAUAAACUCAUCAUCAAAUAAACAUGUCAAUAAACAUUUAUUUUUUUAUUUAUUUUUAAUAAAGACAAAAUACAGUCAAUGUUGCAAACAUAUACGCUUAAAACUUACUUUUGUUGUUAAAAAUUUUCCAAUGGACACCAGCGAUCGAAAAGAAGCUCACUUUGUCAAAAUAUUUGUUUGUAUUUAAUAAAUUAACCAUCAAAAUA